AUGUUGUUUUGCAGAGCUCUGCCGCCUGUGCCGCGGCUGCUGGCCGGUUCGCUGGCGGGAACCACGGCUGCCAUGAUCACAUAUCCGCUGGACAUGGUCCGAGCGCGCAUGGCCGUCACACCCAAAGAGAUGUACAGUAACAUCCUGCACGUGUUCGUGCGAAUCUCUCGCGAGGAGGGGCUGCAGACGCUCUACAGAGGAUUCACUCCCACCAUCCUCGGCGUCAUGCCGUAUGCAGGACUCAGCUUCUUCACCUACGAGACGCUCAAGAAAAUCCACGCAGAACACACGGGCCGCUCUCAUCCAUUCUCGUACGAGCGUCUGGCGUUCGGUGCGUGCGCAGGAUUGAUCGGUCAGUCGGCCUCUUACCCGCUGGACGUGGUGCGCAGACGCAUGCAGACGGCGGGAGUCACCGGACACACCUACGGCAGCAUCUCGGGCACCAUGCGGGAGAUCGUGACGGAGGAGGGCGUGAUCCGCGGCCUCUACAAGGGCCUGAGCAUGAACUGGGUCAAAGGGCCCAUCGCCGUCGGCAUCAGCUUCAUGACCUUCGACCUCAUGCAGAUCCUACUGCGCAAACUUCAGCAGUUCAGCCACAGUGCGCGGUAGCUGAAAAACACAACAUUUAAUAGUUUUUUUGUUUUUAACCUGAGCAAAUGCUGCCAAUGAGGACGACGGGAAAUGCCUGGCGUCGUGUGACUAGUCUAAAGUUCUGUUUUUUGAUGCAAAAGCAUAUGUGCACUGCAAAAAGGAUUUUUUUACUUGGUAUUUUUAUCUUGUUUUCCGGUACAAAUGUCUAAACAUUUUUUUAA